UGAAGACGUACGGAGUAGACGAAAUCUGUUAGUUCCUGACAAACAGCAAAUCUUUAGGACAUCAAAAAGGAUAAUAUUAAAUUUCGUGUGUGAAAUAUAUUGUUUUGCUAGUAACAGAGCGUAUUUAUAUUUUUGUGUUCUGUGAAGAAAUGUGACAGGACGAAAAGCAUUAUCCCUGGCCACAUGGAUUAUUAGACUAUUGCUGGCGGCCGUUACAUUGACUAACGAAAUCGUAAGAAAUGAACCGAUAAGAAAUAUCGAUAUUUAUUGAUGGCGUGAAGUGAUGUGUUUGGGUUUGUGAGGGUAGGUCUUCAUUGAGAUUGAGUGCAAAUAUAUAUAAACAUGUUGUGUAGAAGUUGUAAUGUGUUGUUCAGAGUGCAGUGUACAUCGAAAUUGAAUAUCAUGAGGAGCACAGCAAAGCAGUCUGCGACAGAGGAGAGAGAUCCUGCACCAAUAUUUUUUAAUUCAAAUGUUCAGCAGCUCCUUAAGAAAUUGACACGUGUGGACUUGAAUAAAGUUUUCCGUACGAAAAAUUAUGGAGUACCUUUAAGAGCACCAGAAUACAAGUUCUUGACAACAGAAGAACUGGAUGAGGCUAUGAAGAAUGCAGAAAAGAAAGCAGAGAGGAAGUUACAGAUGCCACCAGUGGUGAAGGUGCGAACUGAAGAACCUGAAGUCCUAUCAUAUGAUUGUGAACUCCAGGACCAUUCAGAAACAAAAUUUGUCUUCACUGACAUUUCAUUUGGUUUUUCUGACAGGGAACGGAUGAUAGUUGUUCGUGAUGUGAAUGGAACAUUGCGGAAAGCAACGCCUGAUGAGAGGCAUCGCAUGAAUGAGACAUACUUUCCCCGUUCAGGAAGAAAAUUAAGAAUGCCUCACAUGUUUGAGAAGGAGUACUUAAAGCGGCUACUAGACCAAGGGAAUUAUGAGUUCGUACUUGAUCGAGCAUGCCUGCAGUUUGAGCCAGAUGACCCCACAUACCAGGACGUCACAGCAACAACAUAUGAAGCAGUUGAGAGAGCUCAGCACUAUAAUUCCUUGCGGUCUACACGGCACUUUGGUCCAUUCGCUUUUCACUUGGCAUGGAACAAGUCAAUUGAUAGUCUGCUGCUCGACUUGAUUGAGACAGACAGGCUUGAUGAAGCUGUAUCCCUUAUCCAGCUUUAUCACAUUGUCAACCCUGAAGCAAAAUCUGUGAGUUCCCAUUUUGAGCCUGGAUUGGAGCAUUCAUUCAUUCAGGCAUAUGUGGAGUCAGACUCAAAGAAGAGGAGUGUACUGGAGUUGGCCCUGCAGGCAAAUGUAGAGCUGCACAAACAAAGAGCAGAGGUGGAGGCAGGGGUCCGUAGAGCACAUGGCCACACAUAGAGACCAAAUGGACAGACAUGCAGGGUAAUCAGAAAAACAUGAACAAAUAUUUGGUUCUAGUGAGACCUGUAGCAAACGGUUUUGUAAGAUGGUCACAGGGGCUAUCAUGUCAAGUACUUUUGUCCUUUUCCAUGCUCUGAAUAAGAUAUCUGUCACAAACUGUGGCUGCUUCCACUCUGAAACAAGUUAUUUUUUAAUGAAUAAAAAGUAAACUCUUCUUCUAUCUCAUACCAACUAAAGCCAGUAAUGGCUUGUCAUUAAAAGAAAUUACAUAUUAGUACUGAACUAUACAAAGGGAGGGUCUUAAUUUUCAAAAUGAAUCUCAGCAAAGAAAGGCUUCAUGAAGUUACGUCUUGACUUACUGAUAGAUAUUAUUUCAUGUUCAUUUUUACCAUUGCCAAACAGUUAAGUUUAAGUUUAAUGACAUUAGUAUCCAGAAUUCUCAGGAGUUACACCGUUCACAGAUUAAUUUAGUGCAGAAAGUUAAUUUUCCUAUUCUGUGACCUUCUAAGUGCAAAGUCAGGGAAGAUGAAGCCCUCUGCUUAAAGAUCAGAAAUGUGAUAAUGUGCUGCCUGAACAGCGACAUCACACACUCCUGGGAUUGGUAAGAUUAGCCUGGGCAGUGGUGGAAUGAGUAGCAGGGAAAACUGAAGACCCCUGAGUAAACCUGCUGUUUCACGUCAUACACCAGGAGUCUCACGUGAAGUUACCCAGGAUUGAACUCAGCUCAGCAGUUUGAAGUGAUGAUAUGGCCAAUUUUAAAACUAAUAGCACGUUUUGUUGCAGUUGUAGGACACAGAUGAAUGAUAGAUAUAAACACAUAAAUUCCUUUAGUAGGAAAACUUUGUUCAUUGUCAUUAAUGCAUCAUGGACAAAUUUUGGUAGUUAGACACAACUGCACUAUAAGAAAUGCUCAGAUUGCAGUUUUCUGAGUUGUGACAUCAUGUAGUUUUGCAGAUGGAUACCAGUGUUUGUAGGAACCUGCUCUGAAUAUGGAUAAAGUUUUUUUGAGAAAUGGGCUUAUCUGUUUGCACCUACUAUUUAUCUUUGUUCAGUAGAAAGUCAUCAGAUGUGUUAUGAAGUAAUGUGAGUUGAAAUUUGGAAUGACAGAUUAGCAAACCAAUUCAUUACAUGAGUAUCAUGCUGGACAUUG